CUCCUCCAUGCUGUGAGCAAAAAGCAGGUUUGAGAAGAUUUCGAUUCCACGAACUGUACCCGCUUUUUGGCCCAAAAAAUGAAAAUGUGACAGCGGGCUCAGCUCAGGUAAAACGACCUCCUGCUCCUACCUGCUAUUGGCUGCCGUUCUAACGCGUCUUGUCAACUAUACUUUUUGUUCGACAUUGGCGGCUACCCAUCAGCAUGGAGAUCACUUUAGAGCCAGCGCAGAAACAGCCUCAGAACGUCCAUCUGCUUCCUUGUCAGAUUGAUCACAAUGGCCCUGCACAAGUUUCAACUUACUUUGUACAGACCGAUGGUGUCGAUCCAUUGAAUGGAGGGCCUUGUAAGGUUGCAGCCUUUCGUGGUAGACAACUCUUUGGCAUUACGAGUCGCCUACCGUCAGAAUUGAAGGGUCAUGUAUAUUCGGAACGUCGACACUCGGAUGACAUGGAAGACGAAACCACCGUAACUCACGAUUGCAUAGAGAAUUUUGACGAGUUUACGGUGUGGAAGCAUGACAAUGCGCCGGAUACCAAGAGUGAUCCUUUUUUCGUAGCAAUGGAAUGGAACAAUAUUGCAACUCAUCUUCACUCCACCAUUCCGGUAUCGAAUUGAAAUGAAACGUUGAGGCACCAUUAAAUCACGCUGUUCUGGAACAGCCAUUUUGUAUAUGUAGCGCACGGACUAUGUCGAAAUGUACUAUAAAAAAAAUUUCCACACAUUUAUACUUGAAUUUGUUAGUUUCUCAUUCAUGGUGAAAAAAUGGUAUCGAGCUAGAAAGCUACAGAGAGUUGAGAGCUACAAUUAUGAGGUGCGGUGGAAAAAGAAAAAAGCAGAAAGUGCAAAUGAUGUGUGACGCUAGCUAGUUACAUGCUUCGGGAAAUACAUCUUUUGAUAGGAUCGACGACGUCGGACGAGUUCCAUUGGCCAAUGACCAUGGCUGUACCAUAUAUCAUGCUAAACGAGUAGUUUGUUAGUACUGUGCAUACUAUUGCCUUUUUUUUUUUUUAAAAAAAAAACCAUAUC